CGGGCCUCGGAGGAUCCCAGGCUUGAGGACCCCUCGGCCCCCCCCCACUCCCUGGAAAAUCAAGGAGAGGAGCCUGCGCUGGUACUGCUGUCCCUGUCCAGCCCCAUCUCCCUGCCCAUGAGGUUGGGAUGUAGGGGCCCAGACCCAGGAUAAAGAACCCUAAAUUCUGGGUAAAGAACCCUCAAUUCCAGGGAAUAAUUGAGGGGGCCACUGAGUGUGGGAGGCUCAUGGAGGAGGAGGUGGGGUUGAGGAGUGGGAUACCGAGCUGAGCAAAGCUGGGAGGGUAGGCGCAUGGUGUCCUGGGCGUGGGCUUUAUCAGGUGGGCAAUAGGCAGCCCCGUUACCAAGCUCUCUCUCUUACCCCAACCCCAUUUCUUGGGUGUCUGGGAACUCUUGUACCCAUUGUCGGGAAGGGGACACUGAGGAACAGGGUGUAGGUGGUGGUGUAAGGGUGGGGCUGACCUAUCUUGCCUUCCCACCUAUGCCCACAGUGCCUCCCUGACUUAGUCAUGGCGAAGCUGGAGACAUUACCCGUGCGUGCUGACCCAGGGCGGGAUCCCCUCCUGGCCUUUGCCCCGCGGCCCUCUGAGCUUGGACCCCCAGACCCUCGCCUGGCCAUGGGCAGUGUGGGCAGUGGGGUUGCCCAUGCCCAGGAGUUUGCCAUGAAGAGUGUGGGCACCCGCACAGGGGGUGGGGGAGGCCAGGGCAGUUUCCCCGGCCCUCGCAGCAGUGGCAGUGGGGCCAGCAGGGAGAGGCCCAGCCGCUACCCCUCAGAGGACAAGGCUCUCACCAACUCCCUCUACCUCAAUGGUGAGCUGCGGGGCAGUGACCACACAGAUGUCUGCGGCAAUGUAGUGGGCAGCAGUGGUGGCAGCAGCAGCAGCAGCAGCGGUGGUGGCAGUGACAAGGCCCCACCACAGUAUCGUGAGCCCAGCCACCCACCUAAGCUCCUGGCCACCUCUGGCAAGCUAGACCAGUGCUCAGAGCCGCUAGUUCGGCCUUCAGCCUUCAAGCCUGUUGUACCCAAGAACUUCCAUUCCAUGCAGAACUUGUGUCCCCCACAAACCAACGGGACCCCUGAGGGACGACAGGGCUCUGGCGGCCUCAAGGGUGGACUGGACAAGUCUCGGACCAUGACCCCAGCGGGCGGGGGCGGGGGCGGCCUCUCAGACUCAGGCCGAAACUCACUCACAAGCCUGCCUACCUACAGCUCCAGCUAUAGCCAGCACCUGGCACCUCUCAGUGCCUCCACCAGCCACAUCAACCGCAUUGGCACUGCCAGCUAUGGUAGUGGUAGUGGCAGCGGCGGCAGCAGCGGUGGUGGUGGGUCGGGCUACCAAGACCUGACGACUUCCGACAGUGGGCGGGCCUCCAGCAAGAGCGGGUCGUCCUCAUCCAUGGGGCGGUCUGGCCACCUGGGACCGGGAGAGGGCGGAGGUGGAGGCCUGCCGUUUGCGGCCUGCUCACCACCCUCGCCCAGUGCUCUGAUCCAGGAGCUAGAGGAGCGGCUAUGGGAGAAGGAGCAGGAGGUGGCAGCUCUGCGGCGGAGCCUGGAGCAGAGCGAGGCGGCGGUGGCCCAGGUGCUGGAGGAGCGGCAGAAGGCGUGGGAGCGCGAGCUGGCUGAGCUUCGGCAGGGUUGCAGCGGGAAGCUGCAGCAGGUGGCCCGCCGCGCCCAGCGUGCUCAGCAGGGCCUGCAGCUGCAGGUGCUGCGGCUGCAGCAGGACAAGAAGCAGCUGCAGGAGGAGGCAGCCCGGCUGAUGCGGCAGCGGGAAGAGCUUGAGGACAAGGUGGCCGCCUGCCAGAAGGAGCAGGCGGACUUCCUGCCCCGGAUGGAGGAAACGAAGUGGGAGGUGUGCCAGAAGGCCGGGGAGAUUUCCCUCCUGAAGCAGCAGCUGAAGGACUCUCAGGCCGAUGUGUCCCAGAAGCUGAGUGAGAUUGUGGGGCUGCGCUCCCAGCUGCGGGAGGGCCGGGCCUCUCUGCGGGAGAAGGAAGAACAGCUGCUCAGCCUGAGGGACUCCUUCAGCAGCAAACAGGCCAGCCUGGAGCUGGCCGAGGGCGAGCUGCCUACCGCCUGCCUCAAGCCGGCGCUGACCCCGGUGGACCCGGCGGAGCCGCAGGAUGCGCUAGCCACCUGCGAGAGUGAUGAGGCCAAGAUGCGCCGGCAGGCCGGGGUGGCCGCUGCCGCCUCCUUGGUCUCCUUGGACGGGGAGGUGGAUGCUGCAGGGGAGAGCGGGACGCGGGCCCUGCGGCGGGAGGUGGGGCGUCUGCAGGCCGAGCUAGCAGCGGAGCGGCGAGCCCGGGAGCGCCAGGGGGCCAGCUUUGCUGAGGAGCGCCGCGUGUGGCUGGAGGAGAAGGAGAAGGUCAUCGAGUACCAGAAGCAGCUGCAGCUGAGCUAUGUGGAGAUGUACCAGCGCAACCAGCAGCUGGAGCGGAGGCUGCGGGAGCGCGGGGCUGCGGGGGGUGCCAGCACACCCACCCCCCAACAUAGCGAGGAGAAGAAAGCCUGGACCCCAUCCCGCCUUGAGCGUAUUGAGUCCACAGAAAUCUGAUCCCUGACCUGGGCAUGCGGCCUUUUGACGAAUGUCCUGUCAAAGGCCAGAAUCCCCAGUAUCCCUUCCCACCAUCUCUCGUCACAUUUCCUAGUAUCCCCAGACCAAAGAGGUUCUCAAAGCAGCCUUGACCAGAUCCCUCCCCUCCCCACACUGAGUGCCCUCCCAGCUCUACCACUGCCCCUUUGGGCAGCCCACUCGGACCCUCCUCCCAAGGAGGGAACAGGGCAGAGUGAGUGGGGAUGAGGGACCCAGCCUCCUUUCGCUGGCAUGCCCUUGUUGGAGAUGGAGGUGGCAGGCCUACAGCACCAUGAGGUGCCCCAACCCCUCGAUGGGUCUGGGUUGCUACUGUUAGCCACUGUGCGUGCAGUGAUGCUCUCUGUGCUGGUUCCUAGGCCAUGUACCCUGAAGGGGCCUGCAUGGGGUUUGUUGAACCUGACAGACCUUAGGCUCCUGGCCUCUCUCCUUCCUGCAGUAUUCUCCCUCCCUGGGCAGAUUGGCAGGACAAGUGGGAGCAGAUGGCCUGCCUGUGGUUGAGAGGGCUACCUGCCCAGCCCCUCCCCCCAAGGUCUCUUGGGCUCAGGCCUCAGAGCCCGACUUGGUCCUGGAUGUGUGUCCAUAUGUGUGUGUUGGGGGAGGGAAGGGCUGGGGCUGGAAGCUCAAUGCCCAGGAAAGAUCUGUUCUGUUCCUGGGAAGGGUCACCUAGAGGCUUCUUAGCUCUACCUAGCUCCCUUCUGGCCAGGCUCCAAGGGCAACAGUCCCACAUGCUUGGCUGACCCCACACCCAGGGCCACUUCCCAGCUCUAACUACAGCUAUUAAGUGCUACCUGCCUCUCAGGCACUCCCCUCACCCAAUUCCUGAGGUCAUGAGUGUCUGUGACGUCUUCCUGUGUCUUCCCUAUUCCAUUCCCCCAGCCUCCUGCUUUUAUGCUCAGAACAUCAUUGUUCCAGGCCACCUCUUCCCCCAAACUUCACCUUUCCUUCCAGUAGAAAAUUCUGCUUGAUCUUUGGUGCACUGCUCAAAGCUUUGGUGCCCAAGCUCCACUGGGCCCAAAGCCUGAGCCUGAGGCCCUUGUUUUUUUGAGGGUGGUGUGGUGGUGGUUGUGAUUGCCCUUGAAGAAAAAGGCUAACCUGAGAGGAACACUGACCCUUGGGUUCCCAGAGCCCUGAGGUAGCCCAGCGUUUCCCAGGGUAGGCCUGGCAUGGCCAUCAGUGGGGAGUUGGGGCAGCCAAUGUGACUUCCUCCUCUCUGGGCCCUCUCAGAUAGGAAGGGAAAGGCAAAUUUCUAAUUCACCAGCAAUAAAAACUGGAGGAGGCUUGGCCCUCAGCCCUGGUAUUUCUCUCUUUUCAC